GCUCAGAGGAGGACAGUCAGUCAGUGUGUAGGUAACCGCCGUGUAAGCAGGACGUGUGUGCCGGGGGUUCAGCGGCUCACAGCACACACACACAUUCACAAACACACACUCACAGUCACUCACACGGUCACAGUUUGAGACAGAAGGGAUAAUGGCGAGGUGGCUGCCGAGGCUUAAGUCUGGCGUAAGAAAUUAUUAUUCUUAUUCCUCCGAGCCUUUCCACCCUCUCAAAAGGGCGCCGGCGUGGAAGUCGGCAGAUGAAGCUGUGUCGGUCAUUAAGUCAGGAGAUGUAGUGUUCAUCCACGGAGCGGCCGCCACGCCCCUCAAGCUGGUGGAGGCCAUGACGGAACACGGCAAAAGGGCGGCACUCAAAGAUGUCUCAGUCUGCCACAUACACACGGAGGGGCCCGCACACUACACCGACCCGUCAUGCGAAGGUAUCUUUCGCAGCAACUCUUUCUUCAUCGGGUCAAACUGCCGGCGAGCCAUCAAUGACGGGCGGGCAGACUAUGUGCCCAUCUUCCUCUCAGAGAUCCCGUUACUCUUCCACAAGAACAUCAUCAACAUAGACGUGGCGCUCGUGCAGGUUUCCCCGCCAGACAAGCACGGGUUCUGCUCUCUCGGGACAAGUGUAGAUUGCGCAAGAGCGGCGGUGCAGAAUGCCAAGUACAUUAUAGGCCAAGUCAACCCGUGCAUGCCCCGGACAUUUGGUGACGGAGUGAUUCACAAGAGCCACUUUGAUGCCAUGGUGGACGGCCUGGACAACCUGCCCGAGCACUGCCCCAAGGAACGCUCAGACGUGGAGAAUGAGAUCGGCAGACUUAUCGCAGAGGAGCUGGUGGACAACGGCGCUACGCUACAGAUGGGUAUCGGAAACAUCCCUGACGCAGUGCUGGCCUCGCUCAAGGGACACAAGGAUCUGGGCGUGCACUCGGAGAUGUUCAGUGACGGCGUGGUGGACCUGGUGGAGGCGGGCUGCGUCACCAACACACACAAGUUCUAUCACCCGGGCAAGAUCACUGGAAGUUUCCUGGUCGGCACAAGGAGACUGUUUGAUUUCGUCGAUAAUAAUCCUUUUGUGGUGAUGUGUGAUGUCUCCUUCGUCAACAACAUCCCAGUCAUAGCCAAGAACCCUCGCAUGACAGCCAUCAACUCCUGCAUCGAGGUGGACUUGACUGGCCAGGUCGUCUCUGAUUCCAUCGGCACCAGGAUGUACUCUGGUGUGGGCGGCCAGGUGGACUUCAUAAGGGGCGCUGCAGUGGGGCGGGACGGGCUGGGCAAACCAAUCCUAGCCAUGCCUUCCACCACAAGCAGGGGAGAGUCGAAGAUUGUUCCUUUCCUUAAGCAGGGCGGCGGCGUGGUCACAACAAGGGCUCACGUGCACUACCUGGUCACGGAGUGGGGCAUUGCAUAUCUCUUCGGCAAGAACCUGCGUCAGCGCGCUUACCACCUCAUCAAGAUUGCCCACCCCGACCACCGCGAGGCUCUGAGGAAGGCGUCGUUUGAGAGGCUGAAAUGCAUGCCCUCCCCUGACCCGUAGAGAGGGAAAAGGUGACGGUGUGUGACGGAGAGGAGGAGGGAAAAGGUUGUGAUGCAUGAUAGAUAGAUAGAGGGGGGAGGGAGAGGGGCUGUUGUGUGUGUGUGUGUGUGUGUGUGUGUGUGUGUGUGUGUGUAGAAGAAUAAGUGAUGGUGUGAUGUAUGACUGAAGAGAGAGAGAGAGAGAGAGAGAGAGAGAGAGAGAGAGAGAGAGAGAGAGAGAGAGAGAGAUUGGGAGGUGUGGAGAAAGGAAUGAGUGAAUGGGUGAGUGGGUGGAACAAGUAGAGAGAGAGAGAGAGAGAGAGAGAGGAGGAGAGAGAGAGUAGUAGUUGUUAUUGAGAGAAUAAAUGAACGAGGGAUAAGGAAAGAGAUAAGUUCUGAGAGAGAGAGAGAGAGAGAGAGAGAGAGAGAGAGAGAGAGAGAGAGAGAGAGUUAUAAUAUCAGUGAGAACAGUAUUGCCAGCAGCUAGUCAUAUAUUUAUUAGCCAACGUAUGUCGAUGUGUUUCUGACGUCAUAAUAAUCUUCAUGGAAACCUACUAUAAAUAUUUCUGCCAAAGAUACAAGCAUGAAUAUUUUUGUAGAGAUAAUAUGUAUAAAGAAGCCAAAUAUUCUUAAGACGGAUAGGUAAAAACAUACAUAACACCUAUUAUUAUUAUUAUUAUUAUUAUUAUUAUUAUUAUUAUUAUUAUUAUUAUCAUUAUUUUUAUUUUAUUCAUUUUUUUUAUGGAGAAGAGGAAGUUCAACAUUAUUUUAUUUUAUUUUUUUUAAGUUUAUCAUUUUCCCUCUUUAUUUACGUUUCAUGAACCAGCUUUAACACACACACCCACUCACACACAUACACACACACACACAUUACACACACACAUUACAGUACCACCAAACAGGAUAAUCAAAUAUAUAUACUACCAUACCACUACCUAACCUAUGUACUACCAAACUAAAUGCACGUAGAUCUAGCCACACCACGCCGCACGCUGCCUUAUACUCUUCAUAGGCUCAUCUGCUGAACCCUUCCCUUGUACGACUAGAUUAUUUAUGUUGUGUAAGUCUUUUGGUGGAGAGUCUGUGAUUAGGAAGAGUUCUGGAAAUAUUUUGCUUUUGAUUUACAUAAACAAGACUAGAUCACUGUUUCAUCUUUUGCCAGUUGGUCAUUCACGUACAUAAAUUGCUGUUACUCCACGCCAGGCUGAUCUCCUCCUCGUAGCUUCCUGCCUGCCGUCGACCGCACGAUAGCUGUUGCCUCAUACGAGUGAUUAGAAUCGGUUUGACUGGGCAGGAAUGACACAACAGCCACUGGAAGGUCUGAAAUAUACUCCAUCGUUCACUUGUUUUGUUGUUACUGCCAUGGGAUCUUUCGUAAUUUUAUUGUCAACUUGCACAUAACAUUUCACUAGACGACAGUAACGGAGUAGAAAUAGAAUAACAAUCCCACUGAAAGGUUUAAAAUAUCCCCUCAUUUGCUCGUUUUGCUGUCACGGGCACAAUUUCUUUCAUAUUAAUUAUAAACAUGCACAAUAACAUUUCACAAGCACCGAAUGACAAACACUGAAGAUGAACAAAACAAAAGCUACCGAAAGUUUUCACAUACUAGACGAGAAUACCUAUAAAAAACCCCUUCAGAAACUCUAUACUAUCAUUCACUAAUAAACUAACACAUAUCUUUUGAAACUGCACUCUAGAUCUACACCACAGCAUUUCUUUUUGAGCUUAAGAGAAAGACACGGCAGGCAGAGAGUCAGAGGGAGGCUGUCUCGUUCCUUUGUGUUUAUAAGAAUACUGAGGAGACUGGAGAGGGUUGGGUGGUGGGGGGGGGGAUGGAAUUGGUUGGUACCCUGGCCCCUUACUCUGUCCUUAUUGGUAGUCCUCGUUUACAACACCCACGGAACGCGGUGGUGGUAGUAAUUGAUGAUGAUAAAGGUGAUGAUGAUGAUGAUGAUGAUGGUGAUGAUGAUGAUGCGUAGUUGGAUGAGAUAUUGCGUUAUUUGUGUUACUAAUGCUUUGUUCCUGAUUAUUAGUCUUGAUGUUGCUUGUGUUGUUGUUGUUGGUGGUGUUGUUGUUGUUGCGAUGAUGAGAUUUAAUGUUAUAUAUUUUCCAUGUGAUAUUAUUAUGAUUUUUUUUUUCUUUAUUCAUUCAUUCUUUUUUCUUGAUUUUUUUUUUUCUGAUAUGUAACUAUAUAAUGAAAUAAAGGAUAUGUAUUUUGAA